AUGCAAGCUCCCGUGGUUUUCCUCAACGCAGGCGGUGGUGAAAGACAGGUCGGUCGUAAAGCGCAGAUGUCGAAUAUUACCGCCGCAAAGACUGUUGCGGAUAUUAUCCGGUCAUGCCUGGGACCUAAGGCUAUGCUGAAGAUGCUUCUGGAUCCGAUGGGAGGUAUCGUCCUGACCAACGACGGCCACGCCAUUCUCCGAGAAAUCGAGGUGUCACACCCCGCCGCGAAGAGCAUGAUCGAGCUCAGUCGAACCCAAGACGAGGAAGUUGGAGACGGAACCACGACGGUUAUCAUUCUUGGUAUUCCCCGCCCUGCAUUGGCUUUGGCUAUCCCCCAACUCGAGCGUAACAUCCACCCCGUCGUCAUCAUCUCGGCCUUCAAGCGUGCGUUGGCCGACGCUCUCGCCAUUGUGGAGGAGGUCUCGGUGCCCGUGGAUAUCGACGACGACAAAGCCAUGUACUCCCUUAUCGAGUCCUCGAUCGGAACAAAAUUCUCUUCCAGAUGGUCGCAGCUGAUGUGCAGCCUGGCCUUGAAGGCUGUCCGGACGGUCUCCUUCGACGCCGGCGGUGGCAAGCGGGAGGUUGAUAUUAAGCGGUACGCCCGUGUUGAGAAGAUCCCCGGUGGUCAGAUUGAAGACAGCGAGGUCAUCGACGGGGUCAUGGUCAACAAAGAUAUUACGCACCCCAAGAUGCGGAGAAGGAUCGAGAACCCCCGCGUCCUUUUGCUGGACUGCCCGUUGGAGUACAAGAAGGGUGAAUCUCAGACCAACAUCGAGGUCUCCAAGGAGGACGACUGGAACCGUAUCCUGCAGAUUGAGGAGGAGCAGGUCAAGCACAUGUGUGAUGCUAUUAUCGCCUUGAAGCCUGACGUUGUCAUCACUGAGAAGGGUGUCUCCGAUCUCGCCCAGCAUUAUCUGGUGAAGGCCGACAUCACCGCCCUCCGCCGAGUGAGGAAGACGGAUAACAACCGUAUUGCCCGCGCUACCGGUGCCACCAUCGUCAACCGUGUCGACGACCUCCAGGAAUCCGACAUCGGAACCGGCUGCGGACUGUUCGAAAUCGAGAAGAUCGGUGAUGAGUACUUCACCUUCCUCCGGAAAUGCAAGAACCCCAAGGCUUGCACCAUCAUCCUUCGCGGUCCCUCGAAGGACAUCAUCAACGAGGUCGAGCGGAACCUGCAGGACGCUAUGGCCGUGGCCCGCAACGUUAUCUUCCACCCCCGCUUGUCCCCUGGCGGUGGUGCCAUUGAGAUGGCCGUCUCCGUCAAGCUGAGCCAGCUGGCCAAGAGCAUUGAGGGUGUCCAGCAGUGGCCCUACAAGGCCGUGGCCGAUGCCAUGGAAGUCAUUCCCCGAACACUAGCACAGAACGCCGGCGCCAGCCCUAUUCGCGUGCUGACCCGUAUGAGGGCCAAGCACGUCGAGGGAGAGACCACAUGGGGUCUUGACGGUGACUCGGGUAACCUGGUCGACAUGAAGGAAUACGGCGUAUGGGAACCUGAGGCGGUUAAGCUCCAGAGCAUCAAGACCGCUGUUGAGUCCGCAUGCUUGCUUCUCCGUGUUGACGACAUUUGCAGCGGCAAGACCGCCCAGCAAGUGGGCGCCGGUGCUGGCGGUGGUGAUGAGUAA